UCGGGGCUAGCCCUGGCGGUCAUUCUCAGCAGCGCGCCCUCAAAGCCGUUACUGGUGGCGUACCCGGAAGCCCGCCGAUCUCGCCCGCGGUACCACCGCAAAAAAAAAAAAAAAAAAACUCUCCUUCUGGGGUUUCUUGGAGUAACCUGGAUUAGGGUUUUUCUUUUAACGAGAUCGAUAGAAAUAAGAGAAUGGAAGCGGCGGGCGAGGAGGAGCAAGACGGCCUCUCGGUCCAUUCCCCGGGUCAGGCUCCCCCGUCCUCAGCCUCUUCGUUACCCAUGGAGCAGUCGCAGGUGGAACUGGAAUUGAGGGUCCUGGAAGCUCUGGAAAUCUACCCUCCUUCUAAAUUACAAGGUAUCCAUCGCCACUUUGUUCUCUAUGGUCUGAUGGAAUAUUUGCACAGGAGCUUUGACAGACACUUCUCAGCAGAUGAGGUUUUGCAGUUGCUAGACCGCUUCUUCAAUUUGGAAAUGCUGGUAAGUGUUGGAAGUUUCCACAUAAAAGAUGUGGAUUCAAAGAAACCAGAUGAUGAAGAGACGGACACUUUAAAUCAGGAGGAAGAUUUUUCCUUGCCCCAGAGUUUUUUUGUCAAGGACGAGCAGUAACAUGCAUUAGUAGAGAGGAUCGAGAUUCACUAAUGACGGUGACUCAUCUGCACAGCUCAAUACCAGAAGCCACAUUUCCCCCUCUCAGACGUUUCAGCCCUCAUGUAUAUAUGCAUUAGUUCACAUUUCCUUCUUGAAAUGUAUGUCGCCAUGUUUUUGGAACUGAAUAGAUGGCAAAGACCUUGCCAACAUCAUUUAUGUUUAGUGGAGGUUCCUUCUGGACUGCCCUUUGUAAAUUCUAUUUGGGUGCAAAAAAUUGAUGUUACCUUGUUGAUUACUUGCCA